CAACCCUCAACAACUAGAUCAAAAAUGUCCGCCGACCUCCAGUGGCUCCUCGUCCGCAAGUGGAACUCGUUCCAGCGCAAGGCCGUCAACGGCCCCGUCUUCUCGGCUGAGAAGGGCAACCUUGUCAACCUCCACUCGGGCAAGUACUCGGGCCUUGCCAACAACAAGGUCAUCGACAUCUCGGCCACCCCCGAGGGCGCCAUCAAGGUGACCAAGAUCACCGCCGACGGCCGCAAGGUCGCCUCGACCCAGAAGUCGACCACCCUCCGCCGCUCGACUGGCCCCCGCCGCGCCAACAAGAUUGCCGCCGUUGAGACCGCCUCGAAGGGCUUCCGUGCCGACCUCCGCCCCGCCGCCGUCGCCCGCGCCUCGGCCCUCUCGCGCGCCGCCCGCCGCUCGGUCAACCCCCCCAAGGACUUCCCCAUCAAGACCCGUGGCAAGAAGGCCGUUGUUGCCGAGGAGAACGCCAUCGAGGUCGACUAAGCGCAUUUAGUUGAGACGACGGUGUUGUACGAGAGGCAUUGGGCGCUGGACUAGGUGCGCUGCCCGGCCUGUCCGCGCCUGGGAGGACGUUUUUGGUAGUUGAGAUGUUUCAUGCCACAUCCUCCGCAUUGAACAA